CGAACCCCGGGCAAGUUGGGGUAACUCCUCUCUUGUCAUGUAAAGCUAGGAUCUGGCUCUGGAUCAUUCGCAACUCGAACGGGCAGCAAGGGGGUAGACCAGAAGAGGGCAGGAGCAUGCCAGCAGGAGCCCUCUGAGUCGCAUUCACCAUCUUCUUCCCCCAAAGAGAAUCUUCAAGCCUCGAUGCUCUGAAUUUCAGGCCUUACUCGGUUUCCUCAGGCCGUUCAUCCACGUAAAGUUCCGACCACGAAGACAACCAAGGCAUCACAAGAAUUGGCUCCGGGGCUGCCAGACCACAACUUUCGUGCCAGCAGCUGCUUGUGGCCAAUGGGAAUGCGUCUCCUCCUUCAGUGAUAAUACGAACUCGCGCACAAAGGAAGGCGCAGGACGGACGAGGAGAUUGAUCAAGAAACCUCGAGGACGCUGCCUCAUCCCCACCAUGGGGUUGCGUGUGACAACAUGGAAUGUGAACGGUAUCAGGAAUCCGUUCGGAUACGCGCCGUGGAACCAGAAGAGGUCAUUUCAGGCCAUGUUUGACAUCCUCGAGGCCGAUAUUGUCAUCAUGCAGGAGGCCAAAAUCCAGCGCAAAGACUUGACCGAUGACAUGGUGCUGGUGACGGGAUGGGAUGUGUUUUUCAGUCUGCCGCGGGACAAGAAGGGUUACUCUGGGGUGGCCAUCUAUACCCGGAACGCAAAGUGCUGUCCCAUCCGCGCCGAGGAGGGCAUCACGGGCGUUUUGUGUCCGCCCAAGUCCACCACUAGGUUCCGAGAUCUGCCCGAGGACCAGCAGAUAGGAGGUUACCCCCGAGAGGACCAGCUGCUUGGGAUUGUCGAUGAAGCCACCCUCGACUCCGAGGGCCGUACAGUCAUCCUCGAGUUCCCCGCUUUCGUCCUCAUUGGUGUCUACGUCCCCGCGACCCGAGAUGAUACGAGGACGGACUUCCGAAUCGGCUUCCUCACCGCCCUCGACGCCAGGAUCCGCAACCUCGCCGCCAUGGGCAAGCAGGUCAUCCUCGCCGGCGACCUUAAUAUUAUACGGACCGACAUCGACACCGCCGGCUGCGCUGACCAGCUGCGCAAAGAAGGCAUGACCCUGGACGACUUUUUGUCGACACCCUCGCGCCGCCUCUUCAACCAGCUCCUCUUUGAGGGUCAGGUCGUCGGCCAGAGGGACCAAGGGCGCGAGCAGCCAGUCCUGUGGGACAUGACCCGGGCCUUCCACCCAGAUCGCCAGGGUAUGUUCACCUGCUGGGAGACCAAGAAGAACGCGCGACCUGGCAACUUUGGCAGCCGGAUCGACUACAUUCUCUGCACCGCCGGCAUGAAGGACUGGUUCGAGGACGCCAACAUCCAGGAGGGCCUGUUGGGAUCUGAUCAUUGCCCUGUCUUCGCUGUCAUGGCCGAUCGCGUGCGCCAUGGGGCCGAGAACGACUCUCACAUUGCCGACCUCGUGAAUCCAGUAGGCAUGUUCAAGGAGGGCCGGCGCCUGCGGGAGUGGACCACCAGGGACCUGCUGCCGCAGUCCGCCAAGCUGCUAGACGAGUUUGACCGCCGCCGCACUAUCAAGGACAUGUUCGCCAAGAGGCCUGCCGCCCCUUUCAAACCCAUCCAGCAACAGCCCGCAACGGAGCCUGGCGUCGAGUUCAGCAUUGAUUUUGGCAAGUCAUUCUACAUACAGGUCCCGUUUACAGCAACAGCCCCUGUACUUUCGUCGACGCCCUCUGCAACUCCGCCCCCCCUGACCGACUUCUUCUUCUCCUCCUCCUCCUCCUCCUCCUCCUCCCCAUCCCCCACCACCAUGAGCCGCACGCCGUCCAAUGCCACCCCCCUUCCCCGAAUAACUCGUGCUCCGCCACCACCCCCUUCUAAGCGUGCCGCACCAAACAUGACCAGCCAGUCAGUCAAGAAGCCCAAGACGACAGUGGUGACCAAGGAUAGAGGCAAGGCCGCCCCCGGCCCUUCACAGAGCAGUUUGAGAGGCUUCUUCAAGCCCAAGACGCCAGCACUGGACACCAUCGACGAGGAGACAUUGGACGGGGAGGCAAGCGGGGAGGGGAAAGGGGAAGAAGAAGAGGGAGGAAGCCCGGCGCGAGCGAAGGCACCAGCAGCACCGUCACAGGCAGCUUCUUCUCCAGUCAAGAAGACAUCUAUCUCAACGUCGCAGCUGGACGGCAUCGGUCGUAGCCCUGGCCCUGGCGGCCUGCCUCACGAUGCGCUGGCUGACGGAAAGCAGGAGAUGGCCGCGGCGAUGGCGACAGCACCAGAUGAAGACAAGGUCUUUGAUCCUAUCGAGUCCAAAGAGUCAUGGUCUAAGUUAUUGGGCAAAAAGCGGCCAGCGCCGUUGUGUGAGCACGGCGAACCCUGCAUCAGCUACGUGACCAAGGCCGCUCCUUUUACAUGUGCUCACGACCGCUGGGACCCUCGGGACAAAAGGAGAAGGGAUCAUCAUCACAGUGGCGGUGUGGGACAUUUAUCUGGCAGUCGGACUGGAAAGGAUCAUGAUGGGAGACAAGUCUACCGUUAUAGUCAUAGUUAUUAGCGUGACCCCCAAAGAAAAAAAACCAUUGUUGGUUUAC